AUGCGGGUAACCACGGCAAUUGCUUCGUUGCUUCUGGUCGGCUCGGCCGUUGGCCUGCAGAACCCUCAUCGCAGGGCGGUGCCGCCGCCUCUGUCUCACCGCAAGUUGGCGGCGCGCGAAGUGCCCGUGGAGCGCCGAACCUCCGACUUUGAGUACUUGACCAACAAGACCGCAAAAUUUCUGGUCAAUGGCACGGGGAUUCCUGAGGUCGAUUUCGACAUUGGCGAGUCUUACGCCGGUCUCCUUCCCAACACGCCGGCCGGCAACACCAGCCUGUUCUUCUGGUUCUUCCCUUCGCAGAAUCCGGAUGCCAGCGAUGAGAUCACGAUCUGGCUCAACGGUGGCCCUGGCUGCAGUUCGCUAGAUGGCGUCCUUCAAGAAAACGGUCCCUUUCUCUGGCAGGCCGGCACGUACAAGCCCGUUCCCAACCCCUACUCCUGGACGAAUCUCACCAACGUGGUCUACGUCGACCAGCCGGCCGGCACGGGCUUCUCCCCGGGGCCUUCGACGGUGAACAACGAGGAGGAUGUGGCUGCCCAGUUCAACAGCUGGUUCAAGCACUUUGUUGAUACCUUUGGUCUGCACGGCCGCAAGGUCUACAUUACGGGCGAGAGUUAUGCGGGCAUGUACGUCCCGUACAUUGCCUCCGCUAUGCUGGACGAGGAGGAUACCACGUACUUUAACGUGAAGGGCAUCCAAAUCAACGACCCGUCGAUCAACAGCGACUCGGUCAUGAUGUAUUCUCCCGCCGUCCGGGCUCUCAACCACUUCAACAACGUCUUCGCGCUGAACGACACCUUCCUGGCCUACAUCAACGCCAAGGCGGAUCAAUGCGGCUACAACGCCUUCCUGGAUGCCGCCAUCACCUAUCCCCCUCCGAGUCCCUUCCCCACCGCCCCGGAAAUCACCGAGGACUGCCAGGUGUGGGAUGAAGUGGUGAUGGCCGCCUACGACGUCAACCCCUGCUUCAACUACUACCACCUGACCGAUUUCUGCCCCUACCUCUGGGACGUCAUGGGCUUUCCCUCCCUCGGCUACGGACCGAACAACUACUUCAACCGGUCCGACGUGCAAAAGGCGUUGAACGUGCCUCCGACCGACUACUCGGUGUGCAGCGAGAGCGUCAUCUUCGCCAACGGCGACGGCUCCGACCCUAGCUCCUGGGGUCCGCUGCCCAGUGUGAUCGAGCGCACCAACAACACCAUCAUCGGGCACGGCUGGCUCGAUUACCUUUUGUUCCUGAACGGCUCCCUCAUCACCAUCCAGAACAUGACCUGGAAUGGUAAGCAGGGCUUCCAGCGUCCGCCGGUCGAGCCCCUCUUCGUGCCUUACCACUACGGUCUGGCCGAGCUGUAUUGGGGCGAUGAGCCCGACCCGUACAACCUGGAUGCGGGGGCUGGAUACCUGGGUACGGCGCACACGGAGCGUGGAUUGACCUUUAGCUCGGUGUAUCUGUCUGGACAUGAAAUUCCUCAAUACGUGCCCGGGGCGGCAUACCGUCAGCUGGAGUUCUUGCUCGGUCGGAUCAGUAGUCUCUCGGCGUGGGGGAACUAUACUUCUUGA